GUGAGAGUCUGUAGGGUCCACUUUAAUUGGAAAGGCCCCACAGAAAGCUGAAUGAGACGCGCCCGACGCGGUUUCUCUUCCUGUGAUCGCGUAAAGUGCUGCUUGGAGUUCUACCAUCACAACUACGAGUUCCCUUCAACAAAAAUUGACGACAACGAGACACUCGCUCAGUACUAGCAUCUCAUUCCCGACAUACAGCAAAAUACCAUCCCGCAACUUUGCUGGCCACGAUCUAUCAUGGCAAGCUUUUUCGACCUCAAGGCCAGGAAGGCGGCCGCUGCGAAUGGCACUUCCAACCCAGAGAAACAGACAAAGGAAACCCCUAGGGCGCAACCAUGGGUAGAGAAAUACCGCCCAAAGACCCUUAGCGAUGUCACAGCCCAAGACCAUACCGUUUCCGUCCUCCAAAGGACAUUGCAAGCUUCCAACCUCCCACACAUGCUCUUCUAUGGCCCUCCAGGAACGGGCAAGACCUCGACCAUUCUCGCCCUCGCCAAAGAGCUCUACGGCCCCGAACUCAUCAAGUCCCGCGUUCUAGAGCUCAACGCCUCCGACGAGCGCGGCAUCUCCAUCGUCCGCGAAAAGGUCAAAGACUUUGCCCGCAUGCAGCUCACCAAUCCCUCGGCGGCUUACAAGGCGCGUUACCCAUGCCCGCCCUUCAAGCUCAUCAUCCUCGACGAGGCCGACAGCAUGACGCAAGAUGCCCAGAGCGCGCUGCGCCGCACCAUGGAGACAUACUCGAAGAUCACGCGCUUCUGCCUCAUUUGCAACUACGUCACCCGCAUCAUCGAUCCGUUGGCGAGUCGUUGCAGCAAGUUCCGGUUCAAGAGUCUGGAUCAGGGGAAUGCCAAGAAGAGGCUGGAGGAGAUUGCGCAGCUCGAGGGUGUCGGGCUAGAAGAAGGAGCCGUUGAUGCGCUGAUCAAGUGCAGCGAGGGCGAUUUGAGAAAGGCCAUCACGUACUUGCAGAGUGCGGCGAGGUUAGUCGGUGCCGUAGCAGCUACAGCUAAAGACGGGGAACAAAAAGAGGGAGGAGAUGGAGGGGGCGACGAGAUGGAGGUGGACGCCAAGUUGGUCACGAUCAAGGUCGUGGAGGAUAUCGCUGGUGUCAUCCCUGACGACACCAUCCAGAGGCUACUCAAGGCGAUGCGGCCCCGUGCUGGGGCGGAUACGUACCCGGCGGUCGCCAAGGUGGUCGAGGAGAUGGUGGCGGAUGGGUGGAGCGCGGGACAGACCAUGACGCAGCUCUACCAGGCGGUAGUCUACGAUGAGAUGGUCCCGGAUGUUCAGAAGAAUAAGAUCGUCAUGGUGUUUUCGGAGGUGGAUAAGAGGCUGGUGGACGGCGCAGACGAACAUCUGUCUAUACUGGACCUGGCGCUACGGAUAUCGGGCAUCAUGGCUAGCAGGUAACGGUUACAGCUUAAGGCGUCGGGGGGCGUAUGAUAAAGCAGAUGAUUCACAGAUAGGCGACAUAUCACUGGGUUCGGAGUUUCGGUAUGGGCAACAGAAAAUGGCAGGUCAUGUUUCGGUGUUUUUAGUCCUAGACCUUCUUGACGAAUGCUUGACAAAGGUUUUCAACACUACUAAUGGGCGAAAUGGAACAUUCAUCC